AUGGAUACCCACGACGUCUCCGAUGUCCCAGAGUACCUUAGGUAUCUUCAAGCACAGAAGCAAAAUCUGAAAAACGCGCAGGCCGCCAAGGGCCGUCCAGCAAGUUCCCAAAAGUCCAAAGAUGAAAUAUUGAUGCAGUUCAUGUUUCGACAAAUGAUGAAAACGAAAGCUCCUGCUAGUCCGAUGAAUAUCCGAUCCUCGUUCCUACCACCUGCCUACCCUCCAUGUGUUAGUCCUUUCAGCAAGUUGAAGAAGGUCAUGAUCAAAAGCCUAUGUCUUGAGACUCAUCAUCGGGAACGGUAUCUCCUUCUGAGAACGGUCACUCAGACAGAUACGAUGACCGCCGUGAUGGCCAUCGUAGAAGAUGAAGACGGGAGUGUUCUCAUGCUGCAGCUCUACAACCAAGAGCAGGAGCUGUCGGGCGCACAGAGCCUCAGGGAGGGUACAGUGCUUGUUGUGAAAGAACCCUAUGUGAAAGUAAUGGCAGACGGGGACCACGGAAUUCGAGUGGACCAUCUCUCGGACGUCUGGUUUAUCCCCGAGUUUGACGACCUGGUUCCCUUGUCCUGGAGGAAACGUGUCACGCAGGCUGAUGAGAACGCCUCUACUUGGAAGGCGAAAGGAAGUGAGCGUUUUGAUCAGGGUGAGCAUCGUUCGGCAAUCCAAUGCGUUGAGAGAGUUGAAGAUGUCUUGCGAGUAUCAAAGCUAUCAGAAAAGGCUCUUUUCAGGAAGGCUCAAGCCCUGUAUCAACUUCGAAGGUUCAAGGAAUCAUGUGAAACUCACGCGAUACUUGCAGAGAAGUUUCCAGAUAACACCAUGGCUGCACAUGAAUAUGCACGAGCAUCUGCUCGGCUUAUGGAGCAGGAUAGCGGGAAAUACGAGUUCAGAAAAAUGAUACUGGAGGCCAAGAAGCGUCAGCCCCCGAGGAUUGACCGCGGCACGUACAUUGGUCCUGUGACUGUCAAGCAAACUCAAUCUCAUGGGAGAGGACUCUUCACAACAGAGGCGGUGAAGGCAGGCGACCUUCUGUUCUGCGAAAAGGCAUUUGCUCACGCUUUCCACUAA